UUAGAAGCUGAGUUGCCCUUUGUUUGCAGUUCAGAUGUUGGUAUGAACAUGGUUAGUGUGUUAGCAGUAAACCAAAAAGAAACCCAUUCAAUAUCACCUUCUCAAGCUGCACAUUACCACCUGAACAAGUCCUGCUUAUAAACUGACAAUUUUUCCUCACUCGGCCUCUGAGGUAAUGUAAACUCAUUAAUCAUGUUGAAAGUAUUUUAGCCUUGGGGAAGAGUACAGCUCAAGACCACUAUGUCCUUAUUGUCUGCAGAUCGUCGAGGCUGAUGUGCCAGUGACAUUUGAGAAUCAAAUUCCAGUCGUGCAGGUGAAAAGGCAAAAUAAAUGGAGACAUUCUGUGACUCAUGCAGGCAGCAUCUGCAAAACUUUGUGGAUCUGAUGCGGAGAGCCACGGAAAACCUCUUGCAGAAAAUAAAAGAUUUUGUCCAAGCGAUAAAAGGUUGCUGCUGCCUGAAACGGAAUAAAACAGGGUUAGGGAGGCUCUACAAACCAGUUUUGCAACAGCACGAGAAAGAAGCUGCACAGGAGCUUCUGCAGCACAUAGAGAAAGCCUCAGAAAAGAAAGUGAUUGAUAGAGAAUGCUUGGAGGUCUUGGAGACACUUACUGGUUCUGAAAACCCUGGUCUGCAGCAAUCAGCUGCUCUUUACUACUUACACAUCAGUGAACAGUUGAAUAAUGAAUUACCUGAAGAGUAUCUGGAGCCUCUUUAUGCCUUGUUGCAGUCCAAUGAUUUGGAGGUGCAGAGGAAGGCUUCCCUAUCACUGGUCAAUCUUUUAGACAAGGGCAAUGUAAACAAAGAGGCUGUGGUGAAACUCGGGCUGCUGGAGCCUAUCCUGGAGCUGCUUGGUUCUGGAGACUCCACUGUGCAGUGCAAUUCUUGUGCAUGUAUAGCAACCUUGGCCACUUCAGCUUUAAACCGAGAUGCCAUAGUCUCCGCAGGUGCAGUCAGACCUCUGCUGCUUCUUGCCAAGUCAUAUGAUCCAAGAGUGCAGCAAAAUGCGGUGGGCGCCAUUCUGAACCUCACCAGAUCAGAAAAUAACCAGCUUUCACUGUGCAAUGAGGGAGCUCUGCCUAUCCUCAUCCUUCUCUUACAAUCUCCUGACUCAGAGGUCCAGUAUCACAGCUGUGCUGCACUGACCAACAUAGCAUCUAGUCCACAUCAUCAUCUUGCAAUGCUUCAAGUCGUGGAUGGAAUCCUUCUGAAAUUGCUUCUGUCACUCAUGUCAUCUUCUGUGGAAAAGGUUUGCUGCCAAGCAUGCUUAUGCCUCGAGAACUUGACUCUGAAUAGUAAGUCAGACACUAAGGCAGAUAUUGUGGCCAGGAACUAUCUGCCUCAGCUGCACGAAUUGCUCAGGUCCUCGAGCCAAACUAUGAAUGAAGCAGCACUUUCUGCCCUUAGCACCUUGGCACAGAAUAAUUCCAACAGGGAAGCCAUUGUAUCAGAGCAUGUGUUGAAGACAUUGGGAACUUUGCUAUUAACCCACAAAACAAACCUGGUCAUCAUCAGCUAUGCUGCAACCACAAUCCAUCACCUUGUUUCUAUUGAGAGUCAGAAGGCCAUUGUUUACAGUCGGUGUGUUGCAGGACUGCUGCAUGCCCUCACUCACCUUUCUGUGCAAGAUGAAUCCCUGCUGUAUGUGACAGCUUGCAUCUCUGAGCUCACCCACUAUGAAGCAGUAAAGGCACAGAUAAUACAAGAAUCAGACUGGAAUGUAACCACUCGUCUAGUGAUGCUCUGCUGCCAGUCUGGAAGUGUCGAGCUCUGCUUCCACGCUGCUUGUAUAAUCAACCAACUGGCAUUGGAUGAAAAGAUUUCAUUGCUACUGAAGCCACACAUCAGGGACAUCCUCGGAUACAUCUCCAUGUUUCUCAAACAUCAAGAAAUAAGAUUUCAACAGUUGGGCCUGUUGACCAUAAGCAACCUGAGAAAAGAUUCAGACUUCUCCACAGCAUUUGGUGAAGGUCUACUGCAGAAGCAGCUCAGCCUGGUCCAACAACAGACAGAGGAAACACAGGAGCUCCUCCGAGCUGUCCUUUUCCACGCUGUCAGGGAAGCCGAGAAAUAAGAUAACCAACAUUCAACAGACCCUACUGAACCUCAGCGACAGCUGGAACAUUAUAUAAUAUGAAAAAGCUCAAGCACAUUGCAUCAAAGGGAUGGGUCUAUGACAUACAAUAGGCUACUUUUCAAAUCUUGUUACAAUUUAACCGAUGAACAAAAUCAUGAUUACACAUCACUAAUUUAACUUUUUGUAUUAAUCUUCCCUCAACGUUAUUCAGCAAAAUGUAUUCAUGGACAUAGUCUAUUUCAACCAUAAUAACUACAAGGGUGAAAAAUGCAACACACAAUGUCAAAUACCAGUGAAUUUUCACAUUGUGUCAUAUUUCAACCUAUUAUUUUCAAUGUCAUUGUAAGGGAUGAUCAAGUUAGUACUGCUUGUGUUCAUUUUCAAUCCACGACUGUUUGUGGGACACUGCUGUGCGC